GUGGUGUAUACAAGCUAUCAUGGCAUCUUCCUCAAACACUACCAUCCUAAGCUCUCCUUGCGCUGCCUGCAAGUUCCUUCGUCGAAAAUGCAUGCCUAGCUGCAUCUUUGCCCCUUAUUUCCACCCUGAAGAACCCCAAAAGUUCAUCAACGUGCACAAAGUGUUUGGAGCUAGUAAUGUAGCAAAGCUCCUCAAUGAUCUCCUUCCGAGCCAACGCGAAGAUGCAGUGAACUCUCUCGCUUACGAGGCCGAAGCUCGUAUAAAAGACCCCGUCUAUGGCUGCGUCGGCGCCAUCUCCGUCCUCCAACGUCACAUACAAAGGCUACAGAAGGAGCUGGAUGCAACCAACGCUGAGCUUCUUCGAUAUGCUUAUGCUGAGCAGCGCUCACCAAAUGUUUCAACAAUGAUCAGUCCAAGCUUGAGAGUCCAUUACCCACAUCCACCAUUGCCGGCUCAUGGAUUAUGGCCUAGUUUUGUCAGCUAUCAUCAUCCUCAUUCUCAGAAUGAUACUUGUAGCAACUCUUCAUCAGGUGAGCUCAAUCAAAGGGGGGAGUGGGAAUGAAGCAUGUGAUUUUCAUUAAAGACUUGGGUCGUGCUAAGUUUGAUGGUGUGAGUUUUUUGUUUGAGAGAUAAGUUAAGAGUAUGUAUG